UGUUCACAUUGUGCAAAGAGUUUCGAUUUCGAGAUUCGACUAUCGAAAUUGAAAGUAAGAGUAAGAGAAUCAAAGAAAGAGAAAGAGAGUUAUGGAUUCUUCUUCUUCUUCUCAUAUGGCUUCGCUUCCUGAAGAUGUCACCGAUGAGCAUCCACAAUAUCAAACUCAACCCGUCUCUGCCUUCGCUUCCGUUCCUCAUCGCCCUCCAACUAAGAGUUCUUCAGAAAAAUACUCACCUGUAGAUUGGCACGUGUAUUUUGACAAAGAAGACGAUGUUGCAAUUCCGGAAUCGAAUGAUGUCUUUCAUGUUUAUAUGGCAGGAACAGAGGGCCCCGUUGUAUUCUGUUUACACGGUGGUGGUUAUUCUGGGCUUUCAUUUGCUUUGUCGGCGAGUAAAAUUAAGGAGAAAGCUAGGGUGGUUGCGAUGGACUUGAGAGGUCAUGGGAAAUCAUUAACAGAUAAUGAUCUUGACUUAUCUGUUGAGACCAUGUGCAAUGAUGUAUUGGCUGUUAUAAAGGAAUUAUAUGGAGAUUCUCCUCCAGCAAUUAUUCUUGUUGGUCACAGCAUGGGAGGGUCGAUUGCUGUGCAUGUUGCUGCUCGGAGAUCAUUGUCUACUUUGGCUGGGUUAGUUGUUGUGGAUGUUGUAGAGGGAACAGCAAUGGCUUCACUUAUUCAUAUGCAAAAAAUCCUAUCAAGUAGGAUGCAACAUUUUUCAAGCGUUGAAAAAGCUGAAGAGGGUUGCUCGCAAAAAUCAAUGAAUGAGAGCAAUCUUGGCUACAGUGAAACAGUAAUUGCUACAGUAAUGAACAGUACUGCUACAGUAAUGAACAGUACUGCUACGGGUCUUCUGUGGGCUGGCUCAGAAUCUUGUUCUGAAACUAAUGGUGGCCUUGGUUUCGUGGUUGGAGUGCCCAUGGAUGCUGGUGCAAAGGAAGUUGUAGAAAUACAAGGACUUGCUCUUGUGCUCGCAAGUCGCAUCAAUGGCUCUGAGUUUACACAGGGAACUUUCACAUUGCUUGCAUAUUGGAUAGAUUUGAUCAAUGCUGACAAAAUAGCGAUCGCAUGA